CAUGGCAUCACUGCGAAUUCUAACUACUUUUAGAUUGAAUUAAUUUUCUGGUGUCUUGCAAAGGUUUGUAAAGUUAAAAUAGUUUGUUAUCCCUGCAAUAUACGUUUCACUGGAAAGAAAUAGGUGGUUUUUGGUAUUGUUAUAAAUAUUGGAGUAAGCUGCUAUUUACCUGUGUGUACAGUGUUCUUGGUACUGGAGCCUUUCGUUCAAAGGAAAAAAUACUCAAAACAACAGUUUCAAAAUGAAUGCUCAAGUGGCUCUACAUUUGAUUAGGGUGUUGGAAAAAACGGUUUCGCCAGACAAAAAUGAGCUUUUAUCAGCAAAAAAUUUUUUGGAACAAGCUGCUGAAGAAAAUCUUCCUGAAUUCUUAAAAGCACUUUCGGAUAUAUUGGUAUCUGUUAACAACAGUCCAGUAGCACGUAUGGCUGCAGGGUUGCAACUUAAAAAUCAUUUAACCAGUAAAGAUGAGACUGUCAAUCAACAAUAUCAGCAACGAUGGCACCAAUUUUCGGAGGAUACACGCGAGUACAUAAAGAAAAAUAUCCUUGCUGCUUUAGGAACUGAAAAUACUCGACCUUCCUGCGCUGCACAGUGUGUUGCUUAUGUAGCCGUCACAGAAUUACCGCUAAAAGGAUGGCCAGUUCUUAUUCAAACGUUAGUCAACAAAGUUGUGACCGAUAAUUCCAGCGAAAUGGACCGUGAAGCCGCCCUUGAAGCUAUUGGGUACAUCUGCCAAGACAUACGUUAUGGCGUGCUAGAACAUCAGUCGAAUCAAAUUUUAACAGCUAUUAUUCAUGGAAUGAGAAAACUGGAGCCGAGCAAUCACGUUAGGCUAGCAGCCACAACGGCUCUACACAAUUCCUUAGAAUUUACCAAAGCUAAUUUUGAAAAAGAUCUUGAACGAAAUUUUAUAAUGGAGGUAGUUUGCGAAGCAACUCAAUCUCAAGACACACAGGUUUGUGUUGCCGCUCUACAGUGCCUGGUUAAAAUUCUGACACUUUACUAUCAAUACAUGGAACCUUAUAUGGCCCAAGCUUUGUUUCCUAUUACUUUGGAAGCUAUGAAGUCUGAAAAUGAUCAAAUAGCUUUACAGGGAAUCGAAUUUUGGUCAAAUGUCUGCGAUGAAGAAAUCGAUUUAGCAAUUGAAACUCAAGAAGCGAAUGACGCUGGACGUGCUCCCAUUCGAGUUUCAAAACAUUACGCUAGAGGCGCUUUGCAAUACCUAACACCUGUAUUAGUCGAAAAACUAACAAAACAGGAUGAAUGUGAUGAUGAAGACAACUGGAGCCCAGCAAAAGCCGCAUCUGUUUGUCUGAUGCUAUUAGCAACUUGUUGCGAAGAUGAGAUUGUUCCGUAUGUUUUCCCCUUUAUCAAAGAUAACAUAGAAUCACCUAACUGGCGUUUUCGCGAUGCUGCUGUUAUGACCUUCGGAUCCAUUUUAAGUGGCUUGGAAACUAAUACACUAAAACCUUUAAUAGAACAAGCAAUGCCUACACUUAUACAUCUAAUGUAUGAUGAGAGCGUAAUAGUUCGAGAUACUACGGCAUGGACAUUUGGACGGAUAUGUGAUAUUGUUCCAGAGGCAGCGAUUAACAAAACCUACUUGAAUACCCUUCUCGAAUGCUUUAUCAAAGGACUAAAAGCCGAGCCCCGCGUUGCUGCUAACGUUUGUUGGGCAUUUAUAGGUUUAUCAGAUGCCGCUUAUGAAGCAGCCGAAGUUAAUGAGGGUGAAACCCCAGAAACAUAUUGUCUAUCACCGUAUUUCGAAUAUAUUAUUACACAGUUGUUAGAGACGACAGAUAGGCAAGAUGGCACGCAAGCGAAUCUACGAGCGGCUGCUUAUGAAGCGCUAAUGGACAUGAUAAAAAAUUCACCACUGGAUUGCUACUUAGUAGUUCAAAGAACAACUAUUGUUAUUCUGGAGCGGCUUAAUCAAGUAUUACAAAUGGAAUCCCAUAUUGCUAGUCACAAUGACCGCCAUCAGUUUAAUGACUUACAAUCUUUACUUUGCGCUACCUUGCAAAGUGUGCUUCGAAAAGUUCGCGAAGAAGACGCUCCCCAAAUAUCUGAUGCUAUUAUGACUGCACUCCUGACAAUGUUCAACUCAUGCUCUGGUAAAACGGGUGGAGUUCAGGAAGAUGCAUUUUUAGCCGUUUCAACACUUGUUGAAUUACUUGGGUAUAAAUUUGUUAAGUAUAUGGAUGCAUUUAAACCAUUUUUGUUUAUGGGACUAAAAGCUCAUCAAGAAUAUCAAGUAUGCUGUGCUGCUGUUGGCCUAACUGGAGAUAUAUGCCGAGCUCUAAAGCAACUUAUUAUUCCAUAUUGUGACGAAAUUAUGGCUUUACUUCUUGCAAACUUAUCCGAACCAACACUCCACCGCAGUGUCAAGCCACAAAUCUUAUCAGCUUUCGGGGAUAUGGCAUUAAGUAUUGGCAGUGAAUUUGUAAAAUAUUUGAACGUUGUACUAGAAAUGCUUCUUGCUGCUUCACAACUUCAGGUGGAUCCAAACAGCUACGACAUGGUAGAAUAUUUAAAUGAAUUGCGGGAAAGCGUAUUGGAAGCAUAUACAGGAAUAAUCCAAGGUUUAAAGGGCGUUGAGCAGCAGCCACAUCCUGAUGUUUUUCAUCUGGAGCCUCAUUUAGCUAAUAUAAUUGCAUUUAUCAAACGCAUUGCUCUCGAAGGUGAAACCUCUGACUCAAUGAUAGCUAGCGCUGCUGGAUUCAUUGGUGAUUUGUGCACCGCAUUUGGACAAAGGUUGUACCCAAUGUUAGAAGAUGUCACGAUUACUCAAUUUUUAGCCGACGGUAAGCGUUCAAAGGCAACGCGAACCAAAUCAUUGUGCAACUGGGCUACGAAAGAAAUUAAAAAAUUACGUGAUGGGCAAGGGAUUUCUCAGUAAAACGGAACAAGACACAUAAAGUAAGCUUUUUAAUUAUAUUGUAGUAUGAUAUAUUCCAUGAUAUGUUAUAAGUUCGUAUUUCGCUCUCGUCUCAAUAAGACUUUUGUGAACAAAACUUUCAAAAGGUGGAAUGAUCAUGUACGCAGAUGGAGUUUGAUAAUUAACUUAAUUAUAUUACACAUAAAUUAUCUCUAUUAUUAUUCGAGUUAAAAUGCUUAUUUGACAAUAUCAAUCAUGUUAUUUAAGCGGUUAUCUCAAUGCUGUAUAUUAUUUUUGAAAUGCUAUAUGUAUUUUAAUAUACAAAGUAAAUAGUUAUUGGCAGACUUGCAAAUGCAAUUCUAAUGUUCCAUAUCCAAACAAAUCGAUUUGCGAAAUUUCUUACCUAAAAAGUGAAGUAUAUUAGAAAAAAGUGUUACGCAGGAAUCCAUAAGACCAUUCGAUUUAUCGGUAAUUAUUUAGCUGAAAAUUUGGGUGGAUUUAGGCAACAUAUAUAAGUAUUAAAAUUGUGUUGUUCUCUAAAUCUUACAUACAUUAAAAAAUAAAAUCCACAACUCAACUUCAUAGUUUGUUAUUUAAAAAACUCUUUUUUUAUUGUAAGUAUAAUGACUAGGCAGACACUUAAAUCUUAAAUCAGGUUUUUUGUGCAAGAGUUUAAUUAUUUUAACUGAAGGAAACGUUAAGACUAAUUUUGUGCUGUUAGAAAUAUUUUCAAAAUUAAAAGAUAUAUGUGUAAAUCAAUAUAUUCAAAAAAUAAAGUUAUAUAAAAGUUUGGGAUAUGUCAAAACAAAUUUAAACAAAAUAAUUUUACAUAUCACUAAAAUGUCUGUCCUAGAAUUCUAAACGAGUAAUCAAAUUGAAUGAUUUGCAGUUCUUUGGAAUCGCCAAAACUUCUCAUCUGAAAUCUAUCUAAAAACUAACAAUUUUUUCUCCAAAAUGCAUAAUUUGACUCAAUUAGAAAGUAGCAAUAUUGAAAAUACGUAAAAUAUUAUAUGUCAAACAUUUUUGCACUUGCUUUGAAUUUUAGGUCAUUAUUUUCAAUAAUUGUUUUAGACAUGGUUAUAAAACAACCCAAUAUUCGACAUAUAUAAUGUGUCCCGUAUACUUUAGGAAUUUCAUGAAACAAAUUUUAGAUCUUUACUCUAAAAUCAUUUGCAAUUGAUAUGAAUUGAUGCUUGUUUGUUUUUGGAUCCAUAGAUUUUUCGGUAUAAUAGAUUAAACUCAAAAUUAAUAAUGGUAAGCAUGAGUUUAAAAAAGUUUAAGACAACGGCAUUAGAUAAAGGGAUUCUAUUUGAAGAGGCAAGUGCCAUUAUUUUAUUUUAUUUGAAUCUAUAGCUCAGUUGAUUACGAGAUGUCGUAACUUGAUUGGUAGAAUUAGAAACUAUUAAUUUAUAGACGUGAAAAAACUAAUUUACAAAGGAACUAGCUGAAUCUUAAUAUAUUACCUACAUAUAUUUUAUAUAUUUCUCAUGACUAAGUGGAUUUGGAUUUUAUUAGUGUAAAUUUAAAACAUAUUUGGGUUUUUCACAUCUCUCACUUAAUGAAUGGUUUGAAACCCAAAUUUACUUCGACGUUCGGGUAAAUGUCUUAUUGCUCAAAAUUGCUGCUAGGAAAUUUUCUUGCUUUCAAUAUAACCACAUAAAACGGUAUUAAAUAAAUUAUUCGGUACGCAAACAAACACUGAUGUAUGGAAAUGGCAUUAGUUUGCACUUUUUCAUUUGCAAAAUACUUUUUACUUUAACAAAAAAAUCGUACUGCUUUUUAAGUAUUUAAUAUCCGUUUGUCGUACGAUUAGUCAUAAGCUUUGAUUGAACCAUUUUUAUAUAUGUAUGUAUGUAUCGACUUUGAAUAAAUCCGUUCAACAACAUACUGUACAUAGCGUCAAGCUAAUUGUUGAUCGCGUUCGUAUUGAAAUACUAUAAAAAAUGAACAAAUUAAUGGGAACAAUUGUUAAUUGACUAUUACCCUUAGAAGAACAGAAGAAAAUAUCAGUGCUUUUAUAUUAUUUGUUCUUCUAUUAUUAUCUGCUGUCACUGAAAUAUAAUAUGGGUAUGGUAAUUUAUUUGUUAAAAUUAAGUAAGACGUGUUUGACAAAUCUUGAUAAAACAGCUCAAAAUGUGUUAAAUGUUAGCUUUUAUAAGUUUUGAAAUUUUGUUCUGAAGGUCUUAUAUGCAUUUUUCAUGUCAAAAUAUUCAUUUUAAAUAAUUCAUGGUUUAUAAAAACUAAUUAUAAGGUUUAUUUCACUCAAGUUUUAAAUUUUAUUACUGAAAUAUUUGUAACAAUGAAUUCUUGUGCAGACUAAGGCAUUCAUUUUUUUAAGAAAUAAAACUUGUUACAUAAUCCUUAUGGCAUUCAGUACAUGAUUAAAUUGAAAGAUGAGUAUAAGAAUAAAUAAAAAUAUUUUGAAGAUUAAGCAUAAGAA